AUGUGCAGGAAAUCAUUCACUCAGAAUUCGAACCUUGUGAUCCACAUUCGUAGCCAUACAGGAGAAAAACCUUACCCUUGUGAUAUUUGUGGGAAAUCUUUCUCUGUCAAUGCUAGUCUUGUAGUUCAUAAAAGAUUACAUACGGGAGAGAAACCAUUCCAUUGUGAAAUAUGUGGCAAGCUUUUCGUCUCUAAUAGUCUCUUAACGAAACACACAGUCAUACACACGGGGGAGAAACAGUAUCACUGUGAGGUGUGUGGCAAAUCGUUCAUUAACAAUUCUCAUCUUGUCGUUCAUAAAAGAAUUCAUACUGGAGAGAAGCCGUAUCAUUGUGAAAUUUGUGGCAAAUCUUUUGUGGAAAAUUCCAAGUUGACUGUCCACAAACGUAGCCACACUGGAGAAAAGCCGUAUCACUGUGAAAUAUGUGGAAAAUGUUUCAUUGAAAAUUCCAAGCUAAAAGUCCACAAACGGAGUCACACCGGAGAGAAACCUUACCAUUGUGGAAUUUGUGGCAAAUCGUUCUCUGAUAAUUCUAGUCUUGUAGUUCACAAAAGUAUACAUACUGGAGAGAAACCAUUCCACUGUGAAAUGUGUGCGAAAUCCUUUAUUACCAACAGUCUCUUAACAAAACAUAGAAGAAUCCACACUGGAGAGAAGCCGUAUCAUUGUGAGAUUUGUGGCAAAUCGUUCUCUGACAAUUCUAAUCUUAUAGUUCACAAAAGAAUCCACACUGGAGAGAAACCAUACCAUUGUGAGAUAUGUGGAAAGUCGUUUGUCUAUAACAGUCAUUUUAAACUGCACAAACAAAUACACAGCGAAGGGACAUCCUUUUAA